UGAAUGGUUAAUGUAGUCCUGUAUAUAGAGCUAAACAACAAACCAUUUUUUGCUGAACAGGUGAAGGCGUCGAUAGCUUUGCAACGUCUCUAUCACUGCUACAUAAUAUAGCAUGGUCUUGACAUAUAAUGUUUUACAGGAUAGAGCAAGUAUCGCCCGUAAGCUAGCUCUUUAGCAUAGCAUGUGAAGUUCCGAUUGUCGUUGCUUAGCGACCUGCGUUCAGCAGCAGCAGCAGCAGCACAUGAGAGCUAGCAACAAGAGCACGGCUUGUCAUGUCAUUUAGUUACAGGAAGAUAAACAGAAGACCAGCAUGAGCAAAUAGACGAACCGAACAGCGAUGAAUGGCAUCAACACAAGUUAUUAAUGUUAUAUGAAACUAGUUCCAUGUAAACGUGUUUAUUGCAGAGCAGGUUGCUAAGUUUGACUUAUGCUAACUAAUACGAGGGAGUAGCAGUUCUCGUGUUAUCCACAUUUAACCAUAAUGGCUCACUAGUAUUAUAUAUGUUUCUAAUAAAAAGCAGUUUUAGGGUUCAUACGACGCUCGCCUCAAAACCAGAGAAGCUGAGCAGCAUACAAGAGAUCACGAAAACUUCAGGUUUCUUCACUAAACUAUUUAGCAGGUCGAGUUCUGUUACGCCUUAGGUGCUCAACCAAACCCCUGAAGCACUGUGAAGAAGAGACAGACAGACUGUGAGGGAGAGAAGGAUGGAGAAAAAAGAGCUGGACUAGAACUUCUAAGCACAUGGAGCUCUGGAUCUGGAUCAAGGCCUUGACAGACACUGGGGUGAUCGUCAAAACUUGAUCUUAUUUGUUUAUGACAUAUCUGCUGCAGCAAAAUCUACUAUUCAGGUUACACUCCUCCGUCAGAUGGCGUUCUGCCUGGCUGAGCUGCACUUGUGGUCCACCAAGAGCUCGCUCCAAGUCAAAGAUACAGAUAUUGGCACCUAUCAGUACUACGAUAAAGGAGAGCCAGCCAAUCCACUUGAGCAUCAUUACUACAAUGAGAAACUCCAUUUCUGUGAGGCUCGAGGCUACUCAUGGACCCCCAGGAACCGCCGACCGGAGAAACUCCGUGAUUCGCUGAAGGAGUUGGAGGAGCUGUUGCAGACCAACACCUGCAUUCAGACCAGAUGGAGGAGCAAACAUCGCUGCCAGGUGAUGCUGAGCAGUGGAAUUCUUGUGACCCUGACCCUGAAUGGACCUCAGCUUGAGCAGGUGUUUAUAGACCGCACAUUAGUGGGCCGACUACCAGCCAGCACUGUGACUGAUGUGGUGCUGAGCGACAGGCUCAUUCUGCUGUCCUUCCUGGAGCAGAGCCAAGUGGCUGCAGUCUACCUGAACCAAAAGAACCAGGACACCCCUGAGACUGGCAGGCGAACAGACAAACUCUCACCCUCUGAAUCACGAUGUGUGGUGUGUGUAGAUGUGAGUGGGAGGGUCGUGGCUCACAGAAGUAUCUGUCUCAACCGUCUUCAUGAUAUGGCGCUAUGCUGGUGGAACCUGGACGAGUCUGGUGAGAAACUUUGGCCCUGGACCCCAACAAACGCACACAGGAACAACCUGGUUCUACUCAGCUGCUCACCUACAGAAGGGCUCAAGGUCCUCAGCUCUAUCCAAACAGAAGGCAAUCCCUUGGACUGUCGUUUCAGUCGGCUCCAGCCCUACCAGCUCCUGACAGUAGAGCUACCUGCAGGACCCCAAAGAUCCAAAGACGGAUCCUGCGCGAACACCUGUGUGUAUGAAUGUGCACGAGAGCGCCUGCACCAUCUAUCCGUCAACCGCAUCCCGCUAGCAUCCCAUCCUGUCUCCUGCUCUCGUCACCCCUCUGAGACCACGCUUCUCCUGGGCUUAAGUGACUCCUCUCUGGUCCUGUACGACCAGCGACGAGGGGUCUCCUUGCUGGCGCCAUGCCCUGUGCCACCCACCCUCCUGGCUUGGCAUCCUGCUGGGGCUACUGUCAUGGUAGGAGGAGGCCAGGGGGAGCUGAUGUGCUUUGAUGUGGGCUUGGCACCUUUAGCCAUGGCACUGUUAGCAGAAGAGGUAGCUUCAGCUCCUUCAUUGAGACUAGCUCAGCACCUGCGCUGCUGUGGAGGCCUGGAAGGACUGUGGUGGGGGGCUGGUCUGGAAGGAGCUGCAGAGGGGACCGAUACCAUGAUGCUGGGCUUUCAUGGAGGACCACUGGCAGCCAUAAGAUUCAGAUUAGGAGCUCUGACUGGAGGCCAGAUGGGUCCUGUUGAGCUGCUGCAGCAGCGACUGCGUUGCGGUCAAGUCAGAGAGGCACUGGGCAUCCUGGAGGCUAUGGACUGGAGCACCAUGGGAGAUGAGUGCUACAGAGGCCUGAGCUUGAUCACCAACCACCUGCUGAGGCUGGAGCUAAACACAGAGCGAGAGGCUCACCUUGAAGCUGCUCUGGGAGUGUUUUACGCUCCAACUGCCCCUCUUUCUGAUGUAGUGAUACUUGAGUACAGGGAGCCAAUCAGCAAGUAUGCCCGCCGCUUUUUCCACCACCUCCUCAGAUAUCAACGCUUGGAGAAGGCCUUCCUCCUCGCUGUAGAUUUAGAAGCCAGAGAUUUAUUCAUGGACCUCCAUUAUGUUGCCAGCGAUAAGGGCGAGGUGGUUCUAGCCGAUGUGGCCAAGAGGAAAGCUAAUGAAAUCGAGGCCCAGGCCAUCACAAGCAAUGAAGAUCCUCUAAGACACAGAAAUAGUGUGAAGUGUGAGUCCAGCCCUGGGGAUGAACUAACAGAGAGGAACCAGAGUGCAACAAGACUUUCAUACCCAGGCACUCCCACAACACAAGCUGAUGGAAGAACAGAACAGAGAAGACCUCAAGAACACAGCAUACGUGUGACUGUGAGCCCAGAUGUGUUCAGGACACUGAGACAAACAGGAAGCAGCAGCGACAGAGGCAACAGAAAUGAGAAAGACGAACCGGGGAUGCUUCAUGUGGUCCAUUUAGGAAUGGUUUGAAAAGCAAUAAGAGCACUUUAGAAAUCCCAACCGGACAGUGAAGAGACAACACAGCAUCUCACCAACAACAGGAAGUCCUUUGUCUAAAUUUUUAAAUGUAUUAAUUAUCCUAUAAUGACACCUGGACAGGGACUGAUUGUACACAACAUUAAAUGACUAUUUAGAUGUCUGAAUAAAGGGGAUUCAACAUGAGUAUUAAAUGUAAAUAC